UCCAUCAGAGAGCGUCUGUUUGUGGGCAUCCAAGAGGUCAGGGCUGAGGAUGGGGAGCAGCUCAGGGACCCAGAAGACCAUGCCCUGCCUGAAAGCCCGGCCUGAAGGCCCGAAAGACCUGCCCUAACACAGCCUCGGCACCUCUGGUGAUUCCUCCUUGGGCUCCUCUCUGCACACGCGGCUCCUCACCAUGAGACAGAGUCUCCACCUGGCCUGGCUGUGCCUGAGCCUCUUGGCCGGAAGGAUGCGUGUCCAGGGGAGCCGGCUCCCCAGGGAGGUCAGCCGAAGCGACAAGCUCUCCCUGCCCGGCUUUGAGAACCUCACUGUCGGAUAUAACAAGUUUCUCAGGCCCAAUUUUGGCGACACCAUGCUGGGAGACUACACGGCCACCAUCUACCUCAGACAGCGCUGGACGGACCAGCGGCUGGUGUUCGAAGGCAACAAGAGUGUCACCCUGGACGCGCGCCUUGUGGAGUUCCUCUGGGUGCCGGACACGUACAUUGUGGAGUCCAAGAAGUCCUUCCUCCAUGAGGUCACCGUGGGAAACAGGCUCAUCCGCCUCUUCUCCAACGGCACAGUCCUGUAUGCCCUCAGAAUCACAACGACUGUGGCGUGUAACAUGGACCUGUCUAAAUACCCCAUGGACACACAGACAUGCCAGUUGCAACUGGAGGAAAGCUGGGGCUACGACGGCAGCGACGUGGAGUUCAGCUGGCUGCGUGGCAACGACUCUGUGCGGGGCCUGGAGAACCUGCGGCUGGCGCAGUACACCAUCCAGCGGUACUUCACCCUCGUCACCAGGUCGCAGCAGGAGACAGGAAAUUAUACGCGGCUGGUCUUGCAAUUUGAGCUCCGGAGGAAUGUCCUGUACUUCAUCUUGGAAACCUACGUUCCUUCCACUUUCCUCGUGGUGUUGUCCUGGGUUUCGUUUUGGAUCUCCCUCGAUUCCGUGCCUGCAAGAACCUGCAUCGGAGUGACCACCGUAUUGUCAAUGACCACACUGAUGAUCGGGUCCCGCACUUCCCUUCCCAACACCAACUGCUUCAUCAAGGCCAUCGACGUGUACCUGGGGAUCUGCUUUAGCUUCGUGUUUGGGGCCCUCCUGGAAUACGCAGUUGCCCACUACAGCUCCUUACAGCAGAUGGCGGCCAAAGACAGGGGGAUGCCGAAGGAAGUGGAAGAAGUCAAUAUUACUAACAUCAUCAACAGCUCCAUCUCCAGCUUUAAACGGAAGAUCAGCUUUGCCACCAUUGAAAUUUCCGGUGAUAACGUCGACUACAGCAACUUGACUAUGAAAACCAGUGACAAGUUCAAGUUUGUCUUCCGAGAUAAGAUGGGAAGGAUUGUUGAUUAUUUCACAAUUCAAAACCCCAGUAAUGUUGAUCGAUAUUCCAAACUACUGUUUCCUUUGAUUUUUAUGCUGGCCAAUGUAUUUUACUGGGCAUAUUAUAUGUAUUUUUAAGAGGACAUUAAAAAUUUGCAUGCCAUAGGACUUCAACAGAAGGAAAUAAUGAUAUAAAUGGUAUUCUAAGCCAAGUGUGCACCCUAACCCAAUGGUGCUAAAAAUAACUAAAGUAACAAUUUAGCAUUUAUUAUCAAAGAAUGGACCCCCCAACCAUUAUUUAAGCUUGUAGAUGUUCCAGCAUUACAGAGUCUUGUAAUAGAAAUAUCAACCCAUUCCUUUUUUAUCUUUACAAAAGACAUCCCCAUGGAGCCAAGAUUACAAGCAGUACUCAGGGUUGGCUGCCUGCUCAGUGGCUCCCUGGCCUGCAUUUACCUCAUAUAAAAAAUAUGAGAGGGAGGCCAUUCCAUGUACUGAGUAACCCUCAAGUGGCAGGGGUUGUUUCUGAAUUAAUCAUACAUGCCAUUUAUUAAACCUCUGUAGCGCUUAUAAAACGCAUUGUUGCCUAUUUAGGGAGCAACAUUUUCUAGUUUUUUGUUUUUGAUUCAAAUGAAAUGUGGGCCUAAGUCAAUUUACUGAAAGUCACUGUAUUAACGCAACACCAAGAUGAGUUUUUAAUACUGCACUUAAUACCACAACAGAAUUGUCCCCAAAUUCCAAUAAGUCCUACCACUGAAAAGUCAGAUGUAAGUGAAGAAAAAUUUAGUGGAUCAAUAAUCUCACACAUAAACCCCUUGUUUCGAAGAUACAGUGGCUUCCCCAGACUGGAAGGGCUCUGGGGUUUUACUCCCCAUUUGACAUGUCUUAUCCCUUUAUCAUUAUACACAUGCCAACCCUCCCCAUUGCUGGAGCCCUUUCCCCAUAUCAGGGAUGGGAAUGGAGGCUGUUUGGUUUUUGUGUGUUUUUUAGUGAUUCUGGAGUCUUCAUGUGGACUGUUGCCGUGAAGACUUGCAGUGUUGAGUCCAUUUCUAUCUGCUGCUCUUUCCCAGCCACAGACCCCUGCGUCCUUCCAGGAGGAGCUUGCCUCCCCAAGCUCUAAUGACCAGGAAUGAUGCUUAUUCAAUACUGAACUGCAUUUCCCAGAAACACAUGGGUUAGCACUAGCCAGCGUGGCCACGCUCACUUCCCUGAGCCUUCGAGCUGGACGGCAAGAGCAGGAGAACGUUGGCCCUGGGUCCUGAACUUUCUGAGGAGCAGUGGAACUUGUUACAGAACCUAUGUUCAGGCUGCAGGUGAGCCGUCCUUUCCAAGUCCAGCCAUUCUCACCCUAAAACAAGAAGCACAGCGCACAUCUCUUCCUGCUCCAUGGCCAAGUUCAGCCCACAGCAUACGUGGCGAUGUGCGAGUGUGCCGUGAUCAAGGCUUCCAGUUCAGUCUGUCGUUUUAAAGAAUCUUGUCAUCUUUUAGUUCUUCAGCUUCCUUUUCUAAUGAAUGUGUGCCUUCACCCCUCCUUUCGGAAAUAAACAUGGCUUUGGAAGCUCAUCUUGCCUCUCUAACCCCCUAUACCACAGGCUCUCUUCUUUGCCCCACUAUGACGCUUUUCUCACAAUUUAGCUUCUAUGGGCUUGAUCGCCUGAACUUUUAACAAAAUGUCUCUCAUAGGAAUGGGGUCACUGACAUGGGUGGAAUGUAGUUGUAUGGUUCAAUUAUAUUUGUGAUUUUUUAAAAAAGGUUUACAAGGAAAUAUCUUCUUUGAAACCCCAUUUAAACAUUAUCUGAAGAAAACUAUAAAUAUGUGAGACUGUGAAAUAAAUAUAGCACAUUAGCUACCCACCAAAUCAAGUGGUCAUCUAUAGAUUGAUCUUCAUUUAUUGUAAGAUCCUAUUUGGAAAAGGUAUACAUUGUAGUACAAACUCAGUGGUGCACACCUUCUAUCCUCAUGU